CGUGUUGCGUGUGGACCGAGCUUGUUUAUUCUCACGAGUCACGUGAUCACGGUCACAUGUGUUCUGGCAGGUUACUAUGGCAACCCCCUGAGCCAGUACAUCCGUCACUACGAGGGUCUGUCGUACGACAGGGAUCUGCUGCACAGUCAGCAUCAGAGAGCCAAGAGGGCGCUGUCUCUGCAGGAGCGCGAGCUGCAGCUGGAGUUCCACGCUCACGGCAGACAUUUCAACCUGCGAAUGAAGCGAGACACCAGGCUGUUUUCAGACGGCUUUAAGCUGGAGAUGUCUGGACAGGAGCUGGACUACGACACCUCGCACAUCUACACCGGAGAAAUAUACGGUGAACAGGGCUCUCUGACGCACGGCUCGGUCGUGGACGGGAAAUUCGAGGGCUUCAUUCAGACCCAUCGAGGGACGUUUUACGUGGAGCCGGUCGAGAGAUACCUGCAGGACAAGAAUGUCCCGUUCCACUCCGUCAUCUACCACGAGGACCACAUCCGUGACCUUGUGUUGCUCGACUCGUCUCAGAUUAACACCACCAGCGACGAGCGCGAUCGCUCCAACCCCUUCCGCUUCGCUAACAUCGGCGUGGAGAAGUUUCUGGAGCUGAACUCGGAGCAGAAUCACGACGAUUACUGCCUGGCGUACGUCUUCACCGACCGGGACUUUGACGACGGCGUGCUGGGUCUGGCCUGGGUCGGCGCUCCAGCCGAACGCAUACAAACGAUAAGCACAUUAAUGUCACAUGAGCAUUUAACCGCGAUAGAGACGAUAAGUCCAAUAUCUCUACUGGUUAAUCGUGUCUACCGUAUAUUGCCCACCCCUAGUGAUGAUGGUGGUGAUAAUGAUUAUUGUGGUGAUGAUGGUCCACAGCAUGACUCCGGGUCGGAGUGCACUCCGGGCGAGUCCAAGAGCCAGGAUAAGAAGGAGCGAGGGAACUACAUCAUGUACGCUCGAGCCACAUCCGGAGACAAGCUGAACAACAACAAGUUCUCCGUCUGCAGUGUCAAGAACAUCAGCCAGGUGCUGGAGAAGAAGCGCGGCAGCUGUUUCGUAGGUGAGUCUCAGAGCGACGGGAGAGUGAGUCCUGAUCUUCAAUACGGGCCAGGAGGCGGCUGCGCGGAUUCAUCUGUGUUCGAGCGGAUGAAGAGAUAUCAGGCAUCUGCGCUGGAGGACCCGAGCAAGGCCAGACAUCAGCUUCAGUGUUUGUUCAGAGAAAGCACCACUGGCUCUCAGGUGAUGAGGCGUCUGUGUUUCCCUCAGGAGACGAUCACGUCCACAGAUGACCCCGUCUUACUGAGGAAGAGGAGGAUGACGCAGUCGUGGAAGUUCACUGUAAGCAUGUGCAUGACGCCUGGAUGUGUUGAUUUGCUGUGUGUGUGCAGUCCGAGUCAGGGCCCCUGCUGCACGGCCGAGUGCUCCUACAAGGGCCGGAACGAGAAGUGUCGCGAGGAGUCUGAGUGCGCUCAUCAGGGCAUGUGUAACGGCGCCUCGGCCCAGUGCCCCACCUCAGAGCCCAAAGCCAACUUCACCGCCUGCCACGGGGACACGCAGGUCUGCCUGAACGGGGGCUGCUCCGGCUCCAUCUGUGAGAAGUACGGGCUGGAGGUCUGCACCUGCGCCAGCAUGGAUGGCAAAGACGAGACCGAGCUCUGCCACGUGUGCUGCAUGGAGAGAAUGAACCCCAGCACCUGCAGCAGCACGGGCUCUGAGCGUCUCGCCCGCUUCUUCAAUAAGAAGGUCACUACUCUUCAGGCCGGCUCACCCUGCAACGACUUCAAGGGCUACUGCGACGUCUUCAUGAAGUGCCGUCUGGUGGACGCUGACGGUCCUCUGGCGCGCCUGAAGAAGGCCAUCUUCAACCCGGAGCUGUACGAGAACAUCGCAGAGUGGAUCGUGGCUCACUGGUGGGCAGUUCUGCUGAUGGGAAUCGCUCUCAUCAUGCUGAUGGCCGGAUUCAUUAAGAUCUGCAGUGUUCACACGCCCAGCAGCAACCCCAAACUGCCUCCUCCUAAACCUCUGCCAGGUACUCUGAAGAGACGACGAGCUCAGCAGCAGCAGCAGCAGCAGCAGCAGCAUCAGCAGCAGAACCAGAACCAGCACCAGCACCAGCACGCUCACCAGAACCAGCGGCCCGCUCCACGCCAGGCCCAGCGCCAGCGCCAGCCCCGGGAUAACUACCAGAUGGGCCAGAUGAGACGCUGAGAGCCUCUUUACAGGAGCACCAGUCCAUAACGCUUCCUCAGACUUCUGUCCUCACAUCAUUUCUCUGUUUUACCCUCGAGUGCCAAGGUUUACCGGGGUAUUUGUAGAUAGAGCGUCUCCUGUCAUCCUUCAUGAACUCCUCUCAAGACUCCUGGUUUGCUAUCAAACAUCUUUUUAAGGAUUCGUGCGGAGCUUCAGCACGGAAAAGGACUUUUAUUUUAUAAGAGCAGAAACGUUUCGCCUUCCCUUUUCCGCAGACGCGCGGCUGUAUAGAGAAACGAUAUUAGCUGUAUUAUAUGUGAGAACAGAUUAUUUCUUCUACUGUCGAUAAGAAAUUUACAGUUACAGUUUUGUUGACAACACUCAGGACUCAAAAAUGCUAACGAAGGAGGCGGCUCUGCGUCAGUCCGCCGUUUACAUGCUUCAUUCUGUGUGCGUUCGUGUUUGUUUGUAUAUAGCUCCACACCUCUAUGGCAAGCCCGUUCAACAUUUAAUCCUCAAAACCUCUUCAGCUACCCAUGCUUAUUAUGUAGGUACUACUUUUUAAAGGUAUUCAUUUUUAUUCAUAAGAUUCUAGUACUUAUUCAUUAGCUGCUGGUGCUUAUUCUGUAGGUACUAGGUAUAUUAUUAUUUAAGUACUAGUAUCUAAUAAAUACGGGUAUCUUUAAAAGGUUACUAGUACCUAUUUCAGUGGUGACUAGUAACUAUUAUGUUGUUCCUAGUAGCACAUUUCAAAUUGUUGCCAUUUCUAUGGGGAUCUGUCAUUCAGAUAUUAACUUCAGUUCUGACUAGUAUGCAUUCAUAAUGUGACUAAUGUUUUUAAAUAUUACUAGUAAGCAUUCAAUAGAUACUAGUACAUACUUAGUUAUUUGUUAGUCAUUAGUUUUAGGUACUUAUUUUUUAGACACGUCUUUUGUAAUUGUU